AGUGACGUAACGUGGAGUGGUGAGCGGUGCCGCGGGCGCUGGGUGGAGGCAGUGGUUGUGACGUGGCUUUUGGGAAGACGUGGCACUACUUUGGUGUGGCGGCUCUUAACUUCACUAGUGUUUGUGUCUGAGUGCUUAUUGAGAGGCUAAGAACACACCCGUAUCAUAUUCGCAAAACGAAACAAACAUAACACAAACUCCUCGAAAAAAUAAUAAUAAAAAAAUAAAGCACCGAGAGAAGAAGAAAAGAAAAAGCACGAAUAAAAAUAAGAACAACAAGAGAGAAAAAAAAAGUGGAUAAGUGUGAUGGAAAAAGAAAAUACGAGGAAGAAAAGUGAAGGAGAAACAUAAAAACUAAAUGAAUAACAUAAACUCAUCAAUUAAAGAUAAGAAAAUAUAAUCGCCAUAAGUGAGGAACAAACCAAGCAAAGGAAGGGUGAAUUUAAAAUGAGUCCAUCUACGUUCACAGAAAAGGAAUAAAUAAAAUAACACAAUAAAAGGAAGGCAACGACGAGGAAGAGGAGGAAGAGGAGGAGGAGAAGGAAGAAGGAAGAGGACAGUUUUAUAUCACAUGAUUAUUCAAGCGAAACGUCCCUGCCUUGUCACGUUCACGUCACACCUGGAUAGUGAUGAGAAGACGUGAUGCAGGUGCCCACUGGCCUAACAUGACGUGUGGGCGUGUGAGGGCGUGACGGAGUGUAGUCAAGUGUAUGUGCACCACAGCCACCGUCACCACCGUCACAAGCAGCCAUGUGUACCAGCGACGACUCCGUGGCGACUAUAUCCAUGACCAAGCCGGUCAGAAAGGGCUUCCUCACCAGAUACAAAAAACGGUUCAUCGGCUCCAACUGGCGCGAGGAGUGGGUGGUGCUGCACGAGGACUCAGCGCUGGAGUGGUACAAGGGACAUGACGAGGAGGACCUGCUGGGCGCCAUCAUGCUCAAGGACGCCCCGGAGAUGAUAGCGGCGGGCCCAUUCGCUUCCUACGUGCCCGGGCGGCCUGAUCUGCCCCGAGGGACGGAUCCCAACACGCUGGUGGUGUUUGGGAACAAGACCAAGGACAAGAUGCAUUGGUUCAUCAGCAAGAACAGUGACGAUCUCAACCAAUGGAUGACCGCCAUUAGUAACACGCUUCCCCCGCCCCCUAACCCCCCACAGCCUGCAGGGGGCGGGGAGAACCAGAAGGGAGAGCCGCCCCCUUACACACCCUCGGCACCUCCUUCCCAACCGCCCCAAAAUCCAGCAGCAGCAGGAGGAGGAGGAGGAGGAGGAAUGGGAAGAGGAGGAGGUGGAGGAGGGUACCCACAAGCACAAGGAGGCUACAACAGAGGCGGGUAUGGUGGUGGUGGUGGUGGUGGCGGGUAUGGCGGCGGCGGGUAUGGCAGAGGAGGCGGCGGCACCACAGUAAUCAUGGACAGACGGGACAAUGGCGUGGGGGACUUCGCGACGGGCAUGAUGAUGGGCGCCGCCAUGUCCGGAUGGGGCAUGGGCGGCUGGGGCUGUGGCUUCGGCUUCGGCGUACCCAUGGGCGUAGGCGUGGGCUUCGGUUUUCGUGGCGGCGGCUUUCAUAAUCAGGAAACUAACAUCACAAAUAACUACAACAUCAACAACAUCGAAAACAACAACCCGGCUGACGGAAUGGAUGCGGGUGGUGGUGGCGGCGGCGAGGUAGCGAACCCUGAGGUAGAUCCAACAGCGGACGGUGGCUUGGAACCCGACGCCGAGAUGCUGCCUGAGGGGGACGGCAUAGAUCCGGGCCUGCUGGACGAGAACGGCGCGGACAUGGCGGGGAUGGAAGACAUGGCCGAACCGUUUGAGAUGGGCGGGAUGAAUGACGUGGGCGGGGAGUUUGACGUGGGUGAUAUGGACAUGGGAGGGGGUUUCGACACGGGCGGAUUUGACAUGGGUGGCUUUGACAUGGGAGGUUUUGACAUAGGAUUCUGAUUAAUGUCUGUUGAGGCACAAACAAGGAAUCACGUUGUUAUGCAUGUAUUUUAAGGACUGACUCUCUCUCUCUCUCUCUCUCUCUCUCUCUCUGUCUUCUUGCUAUUGUAAAGACGAAUUUUUGAACGCAUAAGGCCAUGAAAAGCCAGCCGUGCGAAGAGAAAGAGUGCAAAGCUUAUCAUCCAUCUGUAAAUAGUAAAUACUGAUGUAGACGUAGAGUCUGAAUCCACGGUCGAGCCGCCAACUAAAGCCAUCAGGAAUCAAAGAAAAUUUAGUUAAGUUAUCCCUGUCGUGCUCUGUCAUCUCAACUCUACUUUUCCGUUUUCUUUAACAAGCAUCCAGCCAGUGAGUUUUUACCCAAGUCUACUAAACAAUUCAACGACAAUAAAAGUGGCUAUGACUCGUGCACUACUGUGGUGUCAUACAAGUGUGCUUAGUUCCUUCCACAACGCGACACACUCAAGCAAGAAUCUGUGGUGAGAAAUUGGUUGUUGCACGUAGUGAUUGUGAUGAACAGAUUUUACGAACACUGAACGAGGUACUGUACUAGUUGCCUUAUUGUUACGGAUCGAUGCAGGCUCAAACGUGUAAUACGCCAAUUGUUUAACUAGGUAGACUGUAACACUUUUAUGAUUAUGUAAGUAGUUAUAAUAUACUCUAUCUUAGUGUGUGUGUGUGUGUGUGUGUGUGUGUGUGUGUGUGUGUGUGUGUGUGUGUGUGUGUUUUCAUAUAA